AUGGAUGUCAACCAACAAUGCAAACUCUGUCAACAAGAUCUGGAAAAUAGAGAGCAUCUGUUUACUCAAUGUGAAUUUACUAGAGCUAUUUGGAAGAAAUUGCUUAAUUGGAUUAAAUGGCCACUCUUUCACGCUGAUACAUGGGAUAUGCAUUUGGAAUGGACUCUGAAACAAUCUAAAUGCAAGUCUCACAAUGCACAGCUCUUGAAAUUAAUAUAUGCUGAGUGCUCUUAUGCAAUAUGGAUGGAAAGAAACCAGAGAACUUUUGAAGAAAAAAGAAGAAACUAUGAAGAGAUAACUAAGGAAAUAGCAUAUAUGUGCACUUUGAGAGCUCCUUUGGCGAUUAGUACUCGACUUCAACAAUCUCUCCUCUUCUGA